AUGGAAAACGAAGCUAAUGGUUUGAUAGACUCCUUCGUGGCCAGACACACUAGAGAUCCUACCUUACGCUUGGAACUGCUUUCUCGAAAUCAAAAUGGCUCACGCCAUGACCAAGACACAGGGAUGGGGGCAGAGGUAAGAAAAACUGAAUACAGCAUAACUUUUAGAUGAAGAGAGGGACACUGAUAUUGCUUUUCUGGGACUACGUUGAGGAUCUGCUAGGGCAGGAAGGGCGUUGUAAAAGUCAUUUUCAAUCACCAAAAUUGAAGCUGAGAUCGCAGCUUUUAUUGACUACGACAUAAAAACUGGAAAAAACAACUAUGAGACUGAAUGAUCCAGAAAAUUUGAUCAAACUACUUAUUCUCAGCAUGACAAAAAGAUACUUUAGGAAAUUGCAAAAUAAACAAACGAAAAUCGUUGUUGUUUUCGUUGUCGCGGCUGCCCCAUAUAAGUGUUUUGCGAUAUUUUGCCAUUUUUUAUUAAUUUAAAACAAAAACAGCUCAUAGAUUUAUGAUGCAUCAAAACAAGCAUUCCAAGCGAGUAAAAUGAGUCUACAUCGCCCGUUCGAGGAGCUAGCCAUAUAAUAAAAUCUUUGAAAAUGAUCUUAUUUCGUUUCAUUUCUUCAGAUUGUCGGGUCAAACAACAUUGCUACCGACUCGUCUGCAGCUGGUUCCCCUUCGGCCGAAGUUUUCCUAACAAACUCUCAAGCUUCAAAUUUGUUUGCAUUGUCUCCGCUAAACAUAGGACCUUGGAAUGUUGAGUCUUUAGAGUCCACGAAUAACAGUCGUCUUGCAUUGGUGCAAGGGGUAGCAAGAGCAACGGUCCAAAUGAACAGGGGAAUGCGAGAAAGAGAAGAGCGUGAGCUGGAGCGGGAACAACUUCAAAGGGACCAGGAAAGAGGGAAAACAGAGAUUAGAAUGAGAAGAAAUAGAGAAAUGAUAGGAAGAGAGAGAAGGGAAAUAAGAAGAUCUAGUGGAUGGAAAGAAUGGCAAGAGGCAGUUCCUGGACCUUGGUGCUCAUGCCGCCUCGAUGAGGUGACAAUAUAACAUGUUUUUAUUUUAUCGCUUUCCUUCUAAAUUGACCAGUAAGUCGCCUUUCCUCGUACCCGCUCUGGGAAAGUUGCGUAGCUUCUUUCAUAUCGGAAUGAAAUGACUCAAGUGACUAACGAUGGCAUAUAAAAAAAGAAAAAAUACAAACUGAAAAAUGGGAAAGAAAGAAAUCGUGAAUGAGAGGGAAGUGAACAAAAUAAAACUUAUGUCGAUCUCAUUUUCACACUCCAGUUCCUGCAGUUUUGCCUGCUGCCCAUCAUUACUUCUUUCCACAUGCACCCCUUUUGAAAUUUCUUAGUUUUACCUUUUUUUUCCUCUUUUCAGUUUGUGGGAGACACCAUAUGCAGAAAAUGUGACAGACAGAGAUACUUGUAAGUCUUUAGCCCUAAUCGCUCGUUAGUAAUAGUGCUCAUUAUUCAGCAAAUUUGGUGCCACAGUUGAUACUGUUGCUGCUUAAACCUAGUUUUUAGGAUGUCAUUUUCAAAAUUUUCAAGAUGUUUGAUUUUGCGAUUCUGGAAAGGACAGGAAUAGUCUCUUCGCACCAGUCAGGUUAAGUAGGAACGUUAUGGGUAAAUUUUAACAGAGGAACUCUGGUAGCAGUGUAUUGUACUGAAGAAGUCCUUUUCUAUCUUCUGGCGCUAACAGAGAAAGAAACAGUGUUGUUACCAAUGCAGCAGAAAAUUUUGAUCGACGUCCUGGUCAAUCUCGUGGCCUAUUGACGAACAGAAGAUGUAGCAGCUCUCUGCUUGAGUUGGAACAACUCGUGGAAGGAGCGUGCGCCUCGGUGGAAAGGGUGUCGAGGGAGAGAGAAAGUGAAGAGUUUGGUCGGGAAAUGAAAAGAAAAGAGCAUGAAAUACGAACAGAAAGAGCACGGAAGAAGAGAGGAAAGGAGGCAAGACAGCCUCCGGAAGUUAGCAUGUGGCCUCAGCAGCUAUUUCAUACACUUCUGUGUAACUUUAGCAAGGCAUUUGAGGAGGUAAGUUAACUGAGGGCCCUGUAAUUAUUUAUCACCUGGGGGGACGAUCACGUUGAUUUCAGAAUCAGUCGUCGCUAACAAAGGAUAAGGGUGGGACUCAAGGAUAUUGACUGCCAAUCAGGGGUGGGGAUAAAUCAUUAGAAUACUAGAAAGACUUGGGGAUGGAGGGGAAUCAACUACAUUUUAUUUCUACAAACCUAAAAUUCCCCGCCCCUUCCUCCUCCAUCACCUCGGCGAUUUGAAAUGACAGGUCCCUGACUACCACGAUGGGCGUAAUGGAAAAUCUUUCGCUUAAAAAUUAAUCUAAAACCUCUUGAUAGUUGCCUUAUUAUAUUUUCAGCACGAGUGGCUAACUAGGAGCGUUCCAUAUAAAAGAGACAUGCUAUUCAAUGUUAGAAUCGCUUAUCAAAAUUUUGUCGGUGUUAACUAGCAUGUAUUUUUUUCAUUUUAGAAUCUAAGAGGGGAGGAUCCUGGAAGACAGAAGUAAGUACAAGCAGACUGAAACCUGUAAUAUGCGUGCUCUUUUUCUCCUUUGGAUGAAUAGGUCUUCCCUGUCUGACUCAUGCUAAAUGUUAAUCAAUCGGUUUGUUCAUUAAUCCACCCGUUAGGAAAUGAAAGAUUUUUUUCUUCGCGAUAAGGCUAACUACAGCUCUCUCUUCGUUUCGAAUUGUAAUGGAUCACCCUCUGAAUCACAACGUUUACAAAGGAGAUCGAUGCAUUUUUGUUUGAAUAAACGGCUUCAAUAAAAACCUAAAAUGUGCGCCCUUUUGUCGCCUUUGGCUCGAUUUGGCUGUAUAAGUCUUCUCGGUCUGGCUUAUGCUAAACGUUAAGUAAUCAGUUUGUUCAUUAAUCAACCUGUUAGGAAAUAAAGGAAUUUCUUAUACGCGAGAAGGCUAACUAUAUCUUUUUCUUCAAUUUAGAAUUGUGAUGGAUCACCCUAUGCAUCACGACAUCUCCAAAUGUGAUGUUUCUCUGAACAGACGGCUUCAAGGAAAACCCAAAUACAUUCCACAGUCAGGACAAGAUGAAUGUUGCAUCUGUUUGGAGGUAAUGACUGAGAUUAAAGGCCCUGAUUUUAGCAACUGCUGCAAAGCACGAUUGAUAAAAGCAUUUGAGAGUCACUUCAUUGGCGUCUUGGAGGCUAGAUGGCUGAUCACUGAGUAAAGCAAAAUAACUUCGUAAAACGUUGUGGGUAUGGUUUAGAUAUAAGUGUCGCGAUCGAAUUAAUUGGCCGGGCCAUAAAAUUAUUACUAACACACUUAAAGUUCUUCAAGUAAUGGUGAAUCGAUGAAACAGUUCCUUGUCUGGGUAACGGGCCAUCAUAUCAUCAUAUUUCCUUUCUAAGAGGGACUUCUUUUUGAAAUGAUACAGUUUAAAUGUCAACAGUCAUUGAUAAACUCAAAUUUUCCUUUUCUUCCCUUUUGAAGAUCAUCCAAUCGAUCAGUCAAUCAAAGAACUAAUCGUUCGGUCGCUUCUGAUAGAGACGUCCGCUCCGUUUGUCUGUACGCCAAAUGCUGUUACGAACAACAGUUUCCUUUUUUUUUUAUGAGUCCAUCAACAUAAUGAUUACGUGUGAGUUCACUGAAUGAUAAAUGAAAUCGCUUUUCCCCUUAACUGCAGAACGGGCUCAGUGGUUAUCAGAUCCUGCCAUGCUCACACAAGGUUCACAGAGAGUGCGCUAUUGCGAUGAUUCAGAAUGGCGUGUAAGUACACCCAAAAAGUCCACACAUCUAUAGUUAUAAGUUUUGCUACCGGAAUAAGAUGAUUGUUAAUUGCCCUUUUUGAUGCCCAGCCGUUUUGUUAGAUUUCGUGUCCAAGAUUACUACAAUGAAACAGAAACUACAAUGCUUUACUUGGUUCUAAAGAUAAAAAAAAACGUAUGAGUAAUAGUUUGGUUUAAAAUUCUCCACGCCUGCUUCACUAUUCCCUUAAAAUUUAUUUAGGAUUAAUCUUCUUCUACUCAUUUUUCUUUCAGUCGCAGCUGCCCCAUUUGCCAUCAUCCACUGUUUGGUCAGACGUAA